AUGAAAAAGAACGCAACCACUAUAUUAGAAUGUUGGAGAAUCACACCUUUUAGGUGGAAGAAGAAUCAUUUUAAGUGUGCGUUCUGCGAGAAUAUCUUCACGUGUUGUACCGAAUUACGGGAGCACGUUAAAAUAUGUUCGACGCAUCACAGCGUGAAAGAUAUAUACAGCAAGUUUAAGGAAAUGUCCCUGAUUAAUGUGGACGUCACAAACGCAGUGUGUAGGCUCUGUGCAUGUCCCUUUUACAGCGUUCCCCAAAUGAGACAACAUGUUAUUGAACACGGCCUCGAUUUCGAUAGUUCUCAUCCGGAUGGCGUCCUCCCGUUCAGUCUAGAUAACAACCUAUGGUGCUGCCUGAUAUGCCGAGAGAAAUUCAACAAUUUCCUUAAAUUAUAUGAACAUAUGAAUACGCAUUAUCAGCAUUAUAUAUGUGCAACUUGCGGUAAAGGAUACAUGACUGCGCCAAGGUUGAGAAAGCAUUCAGAAGUUCACUUAAAGGGGUCGUACCCUUGUGACAAGUGCGGGCGUAUGUUCACAAUGCGUGCAGCUAGAGAUUACCAUAAGGCCAACGUGCACGCCAAAGGUCCUAGAUACGAAUGCCCGCAUUGUGAUAUGAGGUUCUCUGGAUACUAUGAUAGGAUGAAUCACCUAAACCAAGCCCAUAGAGCCAAAGAAGUAGCAUACGAAUGCUCCCACUGUGAAAAAACAUUUAAAACUAGUGGCCAGCGUUCGGUUCAUGUUAGGAGAGAACAUUUUCCACAGCAAAGGAACUAUAAUUGUGAUUAUUGCGAAUGGCACUUUAAAACAAAUUAUGAGUUGAAACGGCAUAUGGUCAAGCAUUCGGGUUCCUCUAUUGCGGAUACUCGGGAUAAAGGUAGAAAGUUAAAAGAGCACGUCAGCGCUCGCCAAAUGCUCAGGCGACGACGUGCGAAUAACGAACUCCCGGAAGAGUCAGAGAGACGCAUCGCUAAAACUAUGAUGCAAAGAAAUGCGAUAGCGCUCUUGGAAUGUUCAACCGCUUGGGCAUUUCGAUGGUUCCGAUGCGCGUACUAUUGCUCCUACUGUGAUAUUAAAUUCUUAGAACCAAAUGAUUUACGUGAUCAUAUACGCUCCAACCAUUUACACCAAAAACCCACCAAAAAACUAUUUGCAAAGCUCACAGAGAAUAAUAUGCUUAAAGUUGAAAUUUCUGACUUAAAGUGCAGGCUCUGCGGUCUUAAUUUUAAUACUAUUGACGGUUUCAAAGAGCACUUGGUUUUGGUGCAUCAGAAAAAGUUGUACCCUAAUUAUAGCGAUGGCGUACUGCCAUUUAAGCUUAGCUCCAAUGAUUUUAAAUGCCCCAAAUGUCAUAUACGUUUUGCAUCUUUCUCGAAAAUGAAUGAACAUAUGAACAGCCAUUUUAGAAACUAUAUUUGUGAUACGUGUGGCAAAGGAUUUGUGUCGAAAUCCCGGUUUAGAGCUCACGUUCAAUCUCAUGAAGUUGGUAGUUUUCCUUGUGGUGUAUGUGAUGAGGUCUUGGAGACGAGAACAGCUCGUAUGUGUCACAGAGUAAAGGUCCAUCUUAAAGGUGUUAAAUACGCUUGCCCACGCUGUCCCGAAGUGUUUACUAAGUAUAACGCGCGUCUCAAACAUUUAGUAGAGAAACAUGGCCAGCAGAAAAUUUAUUAUCCCUGUGUUCAUUGUGGAAAGUUAUUCGAGACAAACUGCAAUAGAUCAGCUCACUAUAGAAUGUCUCAUAAAGUUGGAAAGAAGUGUUCGGAUUUGAAUAAUUCUUGGAAUGAUAAACGCGCGGAUAGACCAGACACUAAACCACCAACGAAAUUAUUAUGGAAACAGAAAAGGAAAUUUAACGAUCAAAGAGACAACGCGGCUAUUAUUCUUGAGUGUUCUAACGCUUGCCCGUUUAGGUGGAGACGUGGAUGUUAUACCUGCGCGUUCUGUCCGAAAAAUUUUGCAGAUUUCGAGAGCAUAAAGGAACAUUCUAUAGAACAUCCAAACAAAGUGGAUGCUCUUAAAUUCGCGCGUACUUUUGACUACGUUAAAGUUGAAGUGACAAAUUUACAAUGUAACAUAUGCCGUGAAGCGAUGCCGAAUUUAGAUAAUUUAAAAGACCACCUCGUGGUGGUGCAUGAGAAACCUGUCAUCAAAGAUUUAGAUUUAGGCGUUACACCAUUUUUACUGAUGAAUAAAGAGCUGUCUUGUACACAUUGUGGCGAACGAUUUCUCCAAUUUACUAAAUUAAACACACACAUGAAUCAACAUUAUCCAAACAAUAUUUGUUGUCACUGCGGCAAAGCGUUUUCUGCAGCCCAUAGACUAAAAGCUCAUCAAGUAAUACACGAAACAGAUAAUAAUAAAUGUACUAGAUGCGAUAAGGUAUUCGAAACUAGAGUGCAAUUUAAUAGACACGUUUAUUUAACGCACACAUCGGAGUUUAGGUAUCGUUGCCCCUAUUGUAAUGAAGUGUUUAAAACGUACUCGGAACGUCUAAAGCAUUUGAAAAACUCGCAUGGAGGAAAAGCUGAGCUUAAAGAGGAAGAAAUUACUGAUUACACAGCAAUAGCAAGUAAUGACGACAUUAUAAACCGGAGAGUAGAAGGAAACGCGCGACGGGCAAUGUUCAGAAAGAAUAUAAAAAAUAUUCUAACUUCAUGCACUGCGUACCCGUUUAAGUACAGAAAAGGGGCUUAUCUCUGUUUCUUUUGUAAAAGUAGCUUCCUGGAGCCACAGUUGUUAAGAGAACAUUCUCAAAGGCAUCACUCAGAUAUAGCUUUCAAACCACGUAAAUACGACCCCCUAAAAAUGGAUUUCUCUGUCACAGUCUGCAGACUCUGCGGCGUUAAUAUAAAAGAUUAUUCAGAAUUAAAAAUUCAUUUGAGAAUUCACGGCAAAAGUAUCGAUUGUACGUACGGUGAGAGCAUUUUGCCGUAUAAAUUGAGUAAGGAUGAAUAUUGUUGUCAAGUCUGCGGUAAACGUUACGAAAUGUUUCUUAGCCUACAUAAACAUAUGAACGACCAUUACGAGCAUUAUAUUUGUGAAACAUGCGGCAAAGGUUUUGCGACGAUUCAGAGGAUGUUGAAUCACUCCCGUACACACGAAAAGGGUAGUUUCCCUUGCAAGCAUUGUGGUGAACUUCUCCAAUCAUACGCUGGGCUAUAUGCCCAUAUAGCGAAAGUACAUAAAGCGAAUAAGCGAUACAAAUGUCCCAUUUGCGACGAGAAGUUCUCCUCCUACAAGUAUAGGAUGAAACAUUUAAACACGAUACAUAAUGAGAAGACUGCCCUAUUUCCGUGUCCAUCAUGCCCCAAAGUUUUCGACCUGUGUAGUCGAAGAACAGCACACAUUCGCUCCCAACACUUGCAGGAGAGGAACCACGCCUGUACCACAUGUGGAAUGAAAUUCUUUUCGAAUUAUGAACUGCAAGAGCACAGUAUUAAACACGGUGGCGCUAGAAUAUAUCAGUGUGAUGUGUGCAAAAAGUCUUAUGCGCGUUUAAAAACUUUAAGGGAACAUAUGAGAAUUCAUAAUAAUGAUAGAAGAUUUGUCUGCCCCAUUUGUGGACAAUCGUUUAUACAAAAAUGCAGUCUGAAGCAACACGUGAGAGUUCAUCAUCCAAUGCAGAUUAAAGAUGGCUUCUAA